GACUUCAGUGUCCGUGUUCCACAUCAUGGAGGGGUCCGUGACUGUAGCCAAAACCUCAGAUAAGGAAUAUCUCUACCACAUUGUCAAUAUACCACCAUACCGCCUGACUAUUGCUUCGAGGCUUGAAGAUACUGAUUCCGACGACGAUUUUGUCGAUCCGUAUUUAUUCGACCCAUCAUACACACUUGCAGCAGCUACUGGCUUUUCAGUCUGGGAAGGCUCGGUUGCGCUCCUCUCCUUCAUUCAUUCCGCGCAGAGUUCAGAGGCACAAGAAUUUCGCCGACGAGUGCUGGAGAAGCGAGAGAAAGUUGUGGAGCUGGGGAGCGGAACUGGCAUCGGGGGGUUGGGGGUCGCUGCUUUGGGUGGGGACGUCCUAUGCACAGACGUGGAAAGCGUUUGCGAUUUGACGAGAUCAAAUAUCAGACGAAAUAGAUUGGAAAUCUCGUCUGAACGUUGCCCAACGGGUGGGUGGUUUGAUUCAGUAUCAGUCGGACGAGGAACGGCAGGUGUCCAACCUCUGGACUGGUCGCAGCCAGUAUCCGCACAACGCAAACCGAAUGAUCCAAUAUCUGCGUCAAUAAUAAUUGCAGCAGAAACUGCUUGGCUUGCCGACCUGGCUCCUCUAUUUGUGGAAACCGUGGCCAACUUGCUACGGUCUGGAGUCGAGGUAUCGAAUUGUAAGGUAUGCUAUUGGGCGUACAAGGAACGAGGAACGGAAGCCAGCAAAAUUUUUACUACAAUGUCCAACGUCAAAAGAGCCUUUCACCAAGCUGGGUGUGAGGUAGUCGAGAUAUGGAGAGAACGUAGUAAGGAGGAUCCAGAUAAGCACGUAAUCAUUAACACCAUUCGUCAGACGCGGCUGCCGUAAACCUAUGAGCCUAUUAUUAUGAAUUUUGCACCUAGCUAGCAGUCUUUGGAGGACGUAUAGCACUGAAAUAUCACAUUUGGUCCCAAUGUCAUUGUCUAUAUAAUCGUGCGUUAGGACUAGAGUCUACAACCUCUGAUCUCUGGCUCUGCGAAGAGAUCUGUGCCAUUACUGA